AUGGCAUUAAAGGAUUUUUGUUCUUGGCGGAUGCAUCUGGCUGUUAAAUUCUUUCUUGAGCGAAUAGUGGAUAAUUUGUGGAAGAAUUUCACAGAACAGACCAUUCUGAUUUUUGGUUCACUAGCUCUCUUUCUUGUUAUAUUUUGGGGAAAUAUUGAGAUGGUUUGUGCUAAUAGGGGUUGGAUCUUACAGUGGGAAGUGGAUGCCACAUUUGAGCAUGACAACAUGCGAACAUAUGGAAUGGACAAUUUGUUCUCUGAGCUAGCAAAUGCCAUUCCAAGAAUUGAUGAAGCCAUGAGCUUUGCAGAGAUGCUAAGGCUAAAUUCAGUAAACAAAUUGAAGAAACAUAGAGGAUUUGGAGCUGCGGUGUCAUGGGUUGAUGCGCCUGGGAUAAUAACUUAG